CAUAGAAGAUGACCAUAAAAAUACAAUCUUUAAGGUUCUAUAUACCUUUAGAUCUACGUUAGUAUAACAAAACCCCAUAAACUGUUUGUUUCUUUUUUUUCAUUUUCCCAAAUCUCGAGGUAUUUUUUUUUUUAAUUUUGUGGUCCAAUACAAAUAAAGAAUCCUUAAUUCGGAUUCCAUGGAUGUUGUUUGAACUUUCUUGGGGCAAAAAAAGGGUUAAAAGUUAGAAUCCAAGGCAAAAAUAAAUAAAAUGGCUAUUUCAAGAUUGUAAUUUGCUUCUAAGUUGUGUAAAAGAGAAGUAUUAUACAGUUGUUUUCCCUUUUUGUAAAAUACCCUUUUGUUCUUUUUUAUAUAUAACAUUCACAUAAAAGGGUGUCUUUUUUACUACUAUAGUAUGCAAGUGUUGAGGGAACAAAGAAGUGAAAUAUGAAGAGAAGUGGAAAUAGUUGUGAAGCUGCUAAGCCUAAAGAAAGACAUAUUGUUUCUUGGUCUCAAGAGGAGGAUGAUAUAUUAAGAGAGCAAAUUCGAAUCCAUGGAACAGACAAUUGGACGAUCAUCGCAUCAAAGUUCAAGGAUAAAACAACAAGGCAAUGCAGAAGAAGAUGGUUCACUUAUUUGAACUCUGAUUUCAAGAAAGGAGGGUGGUCACCUGAAGAAGAUAUGCUUUUAUGUGAGGCUCAAAAGAUUUUUGGAAACAGAUGGACUGAAAUUGCCAAGGUGGUUUCAGGCAGAACGGAUAAUGCUGUGAAGAAUCGGUUCACUACGCUGUGCAAAAAGAGAGCAAAGCAUGAAGCUUUGGCUAAAGAAAACAGCAAUUCAUACAUUAACCUAAAUAACAAGAGGGUUAUUUUUCCAGAUGGCCUCGAUAUUGACAACAUAACUGAAGGUGCUGCUAUUAAAAAGCUGAGGACGAGCAACAUUUCAGAUGUCCUUCAAAAUGGUAACAGCAGAGAAAAAUCUGUUGGUGAUAGUGGAAUGACACAUCCAGUACUAAGACAUCCAUUUGCAGUACUAGCUCAAAACUUGCAUAAUGCUGGGACAACUGAAAAUGCAGCUAGCGACAACAAAACUCAAGGAACAUUCCUUAAGAAAGACGAUCCAAAGAUACAUGCUUUGAUGGAACAAGCCAAGCUCCUAAGCUCACUGGCAAUGAAAGUCAAUACAGAGAAUACGGAUCAAAGCCUUGAAAGUGCUUGGAAGAUACUUCAAGAUUUUCUUCAACAGACAAAGGAUGGCGAUACGCUCAAGUUCCAGCUCCCUGAGAUGAAUUUUGAACCUGAUGAUUAUAAGAACCUGAUAGCAGAUUCAAGGAGUAGUAAUGAAGGCAGUCGACCAUCUUGGAGGCAACCUGCUUUAUCUGAAGAUUCUGCUGGAAGCUCUGAGUAUAGUACUGGAUCAACUCUGCUAUCCCAUGCACUCGCUGAUAAAACAGAUGAAAGCCAAACCGAGGUGUGUGCGCAUCAUCAGGAUAUCGAAUCAGAAUUACGAACUUCUCAAACGAGUGAUCAAGCUGGGCUUCAUGAAUUAGAAAAUGGAACCUCCUGCCGUGUAUCCACCACUCGAGAUACUUUGCCAGUUUGUGAUGAAGAAAAAGUGAAUAAUGGACCAGCUACAGCUGAAUGUGAUUUUCUGAAUACAGAUUACAGUUCUCCUCUUCAAGUUACUCCACUCUUCAGAUCUUUAGCUGCAGAAAUUCCCACUCCAAAGUUUUCAGAAAGUGAGAGGCAGUUCCUAUUGAAAACACUCGGAGUGGAGUCCACAAAUCUUUCACAACCUCCUUCGUGCAAAAGAGCCCUCCUCCACAGUCUAUAACCAACUUUACUGAUCAAACCUUACACAGAUUCUGCCGGAAGCAGUAUCACCAUAUCUUUGAUCAACAGUUUUUUCUUAUAUGUAGUCUACUCAAUUUUUGGAGUUCUUUUUGUUUGGAUAGCAGUCUCUAUGACCUAAGUUUUUUUCAAGAGGCCUUGGAAGAUCUGGUCUACAACCUAGAAUGCAACGGAGGCAUUCUAGCUUUUCUCUGGAGAUCUGACAGAUGAUCUGCAUCCUUUUUUGGAGUUUCCAACCUAAUACUCACAGUAUCUAGUGUGGUUUCUUUUAUUGUUUAUCAUUCUUUGGUGUGUAGUUAUGGAACUCGAAUGGGGGUAUUCGAUGGUCCAUAAGUUUUUGGCUUUUGAUUAGCCAGUUGUACAGAACAAAACAUUGUACUUACUAAAUUGGCACCUCGCCAAGGUUUAUAGAGAAUAUUGAUAAGACAGAAAGAAAGAAGAAGAGAAGAAACCAUAGAGAGGUAGGAGGAUCAACAAGGUGAAUUGGCCUCCUACGUCAGUUUCUUUUCAUAUAUUUUGUGUGUAGAAGAUGUUAUAUAAUAAGUUCCUAGGCUGUUCAGAGCUUUUUUUCCGCUUUGCCUGAUCUACAUGUAAUGUAAAACAUACUUUAUUUGAUUGCAGAAUGCGAUAUGGUUCGUGUGUGCAGA